AUGUUCACCCACUCGACCCCAACGCCCGCAUAUCCGGGGUUUGCAAGUGAUUCAGUCGCUUCUUCGCCAGGUGUUGCUGCCUCACCCACGUCCGGCGCCGCUGCCACUGGAAGUUCAGGGUCAACGUCAAGGACAAGUCGACUCCGUGGGCUGAGUUACCUCCGGAAUUAUACCCAGACUCACAUCCUGUCGCGGGAUCACUCUUCGCAGACGGCGACGCCCAACUCGCCCGUCAACGCCUCGGGACAACACUCCGUGACCUCCAACUCGUCAAGCGGCACGGUCAGCAGCACCACCUCUGCUGGCCCUGGUUCGGGCCCCGAAGCCCCCACAGCCACAGCUCCAGCGCCCGUGGGAAGUGGAAAAGCUGCCGCUAACAACAACAAUAACACCGCCGCCGUCGCCAGCGCAAACAACAACCUCGUCGGCACCCAACACCACCACGGCCGCGCCCAUCACCAGAAUUCCUCCUCUCUCUCCGCCAUCCAUAUUCCCUUCAUUUCCCGCGGCCAAAGCGACCCUGCGCGCCUGCCCCGACAUUCGCCUUCGCUCUCCACCAACGACGCGACUGCAAAUACCAACCACCACUCGGCCUCUGUGCGGUCUAAUCGAACGCCAUUCUCUCUUCUCACCUCUCGCUCCCAUUCCCUCACCGACGGCAUCCCGUCUGCGUCUCUGGAGUCGCCUACCACCGCCACGCCGACGACAUCAGCUCCCCCAGGCACAGUUCCUCCUUCGGAUGACAACGGCAAUCGGGUGGCUGCAGACACAUACGAUAGCAACAGCUCCUCUUCGGAUAACAUUAAUAAUAACAGUAACGCGGCCACCAUGACCAGGGCUCGAUCCGCGACUACAAGCGACGUUGCGAGCAGGGCUGAAACCGGCGGAAACAUGGAGUCACUUCCUUCGAUACGCUUUAGCACCUUCUACGACCCUAGGGCAACACGCCCGUCGCUUACCUUCUCGCCAAUCUCACGCACCCUACCAACCGGAAAAGAAAUCAUUCGCGUCGGCAGAUACUCCGAAAGAGAUAAACCUUCAGCGGUGCCGCAUAAUAUGCCCUCGGCAGCGCCCGUAGGAUUUAAAAGCAAGGUCGUCAGUAGGCGGCAUUGCGAGUUCUGGUAUGAAGACGGAAAAUGGUUCAUCAAAGACGUCAAAAGCAGUAGCGGAACCUUCCUCAACCAUAUACGCCUUAGUCCUCCAGGAACCGAAUCCAAGCCCUUCCCAGUUAACGAUGGCGAUAUCGUGCAGCUGGGCAUCGACUUCAAGGGAGGCGAAGAAAUGAUAUUCCGCUGUGUGAAAAUGAGGCUCGAGCUUAACCGUGGCUGGCAGGCCAAACUCAACGCCUUCAAUAUGCAAACGCACAAGAGGCUUAGAAACAUGACAGCCCAAAAUUCCGCGAAUGGCGCCUCUCAGUCAUAUUCGCAAGACUGCUCGAUCUGUCUUAACAGCAUAGCGCCCUGCCAGUCUCUGUUUGUUGCCCCCUGCUCGCAUACAUGGCAUUACAAGUGCAUCCGGUCAUUAUUGUCAUCGCCAUCCUAUCCCCAGUUUAUAUGCCCGAACUGCCGUGCCGCUGCCGAUCUUGAGGCUGAGGUUGACGACCCGGAGGAUUGGGAGCAACUGGAAGCAGACGAACAGAUGGAAGAUGCUGUGUACGUUCAGGAUGAAAGCCAAACCAGCUCCAACGACGCCCAACCUCGACCGGCAGCCGUCACGCCGAUUCACCAGCACGAAACAGACGCUAGCGGUGACGUAACGAUGCUGUAUUCGAACCCGCAGCAGCCCGCAGCAUCUAACCCCUUCGACGGGACUAGCCGCCCCGUGGCCUUGCAUAACUCCACGUCGCAGCCUGUGCCCAUUCGGCAGAACCCAGCUGCAGUCAACGGUCAAGCAGGCGAAAGCCAUCGAGAUGCCGCCAGGACCCCGUCGCCCACUGGAAUCGCUCACGUCGUCGCCGCUCACGAGGGACCCAUAACACCGCGCAACGAUGUCGGACCUUGGGUUUUUGAUGGCGGCAGCACCACACGCACGCGAACCAACGGAGAACUAGACAGUACUUCGAGAGUAGCGAGUCUCGAAGCCGCAGUAGCAGGUGCUCACAUCACACAGGGUACUGGGAGUACAUAG